GUAGAGUUUCACUGGAGACAGACCCAGAGUUCAGAUGCUCAGAGAGACGGGGCAUAAGACAGGCGUAUGCCAACCACAUUCACUUCUAUUCCUUACCAACUUCUGCUUUCUUCGGCUCAGCGUCCUAUGCUGUGCAUCUGUUCAUCUCUCUCUGAUGGCAAAAAUCUCUCAUCAAAUGUGUGUUCCAUACCACAGGCAGCUUUGAGUGCUACGGAGAAGACAAACAUCAUCAAAAAAACAGGCUCCAGAUCUGAGAUGUGGAGAAUUGUGACCUUCAUUUUCUCUACGGCUGUGGCAGGAGUAGGGGCCGGUACAUGGCUCAUCUAUUUCUCCAGGAAGGACAUCUGCGUUUGGGCAGGGACUAUAGUAACACUGCCAUGCAGUUACGACUACCCCUCACCCUACAGCUCAGCACAGGUGAUGUGGUUCCACAUCUCCGCGGACAGCAUACGGGAAAUCGCUUUCCAUUCUGACGAAAAUAAGAUGAGUCCUUCGUACAGGGCCAGGGUCAAAUACAUGGGGGGCUACAAAAGAUGCAGUUUACAGAUCACAAACGUGAAGCUGAGCGAUGCAGGAACGUACCAUUUCAGAUUCGAGACCGAUCACCAGCAGGGCAGAUGGACGUCACCUGACUCAAUUAGUCUUUCCGUCACAGAGCUUCAGGUUCACGUACAUCCACCAAGAAUAGGCAACAUGUUUGCCGCCGGAGAGACCGUGUUCAUGAGCUGUGUGGCCCAAGGUUGUGCUGCCCCUGGCAGGAACUUUGCCCUUUAUCGGAAUGGGGUCAAUUUAGGGCAGUCGAGCAAGAUAUCAGCCAUCUACAAUUUUGACAGCCAGCAUGCAGGUACCUACACCUGCCGUCCAAUACCCCCUCAAAAUGUCCAGUCACCUGGUGUCGUCCUGGCUCUUGGCUAUGCUCCCCGCUAUACCACAGUGCAGAUCAGCCCCCGGGAGGCGGUGAGAGAAGGCGAUUCAGUGAUUCUGACCUGCAGCAGUGCUGGAGCUCCGCCAGCAGAAAGUUUUUCUUGGUAUAAGGAAGGAGAAAAUAGCAGGGUGCCGGACAGCUUUAAACCUGAGCUGAGGUUGUGGAGUUUGGACUACAGGGACCAUGGAGAAUACUUCUGUGUGGCCCGCAACCCGCUUGGGACAGGCCGGUCCAGACCCGUUUUACUGAACGUUACCUACUCCCCAAAGAACACAAGAAUCCUGACCAGUCCUAAAGGAGACUUCAUGGAAGGGUUUGCUGUCAAUUUGACAUGCAGCACCAACGCCAAUCCUCCCGCGGAGAGAUACGCCUGGUAUAGAGUGAACGGUGGUCAGCCCUGGACCAAAGGCACUGCUCAAAAUCUCACCUUCCUCAGCGUGCGUUCCCACCAUUCUGGACAGUAUUACUGCACUGCAUGGAACGUGUUUGGCAUGGGGACAUCGGCCACUAUUACCUUUUCAGUGCUGUACGCCCCCAAAAACACCUCUGUGCUGGCUCGUCCCUCCACCGUGAUCGACGCGGGCAGCUCGUUGACGCUGACCUGCAGCAGUCAGGCCAACCCGGCGGUGGAGAACUACACCUGGUACCGGAUCAAUGCAGCUGACGCCUGGGAAACUCGAUCGGGUCCCAGCUACACCAUUCCUGAGGUCAGCCUUAGAGCCAGCGGGCAGUACUACUGUGAGGCCCGCAACCGCAUCGGAGCGCAUAGCUCCCCUGUUCUCACUGUCAAAGUUCGAGGUCGACUGAAGGUGAUAGCAUUGGCAUCUGCUGUGGGCGUUUCUGUGGCGCUGAUCUCAUUAACCGUGGUGGUCAUGAUCAGUAAAAACAUGCAUCGUGUGGACACUGAAAAUCUCACAGAGGAUAAACAGCGUUCGCCAGAAGGUGAUUUACCAGCAAGCGAGACUUUGUUCAGGGAGUCAACUUCAGAAACAUUUCUUCUCAAGAGUGCAAAAAUGUCAGACAUUCCGAUGGUUGUAUUUAAGCAGCAGGAGGAGCCAGAGGAGGUGUAUGAAAGCAGCCACCCCUCCAUCGUGCCCCUGAAAGAAGCCGCACAGACCACAGAGGAACCCGGAAAAAUCGACUACAUUACGGUGCAUUAUUCACGCAUGCCCAGUAUGGACCAGGUGAAGGUCACAAACAUAUCUCCAGAUGGUGAGAAGAAACUCAAAGAUGACCCCAGCGUUGUUUAUACUGUUCUCGCCAAGCAGCCAAAACAUGGGAGAGAAUAAUCUGGAAUUUGAAACAUGGAUUCUGAUCAAAUACGUGAUAGCCAGUGACAGUAAUUUCUACAUGGAUUUUUAAACCUAAAGCAUUUAUGGACCAUUAACAUUAUGUAGCUUGCACGAUUUGACACUAGAGAAUAUGGGGUCGUCUUGAGCCAAAAUGCAUUCGAUUUGUAAAUUGUCCCCGGUGUUUAUUCCAAAUGCAAUUGUUCAGAUUAGAGAUAAAGUUA